AUGUCUGUAAAUGUCGUUAAUUCCGACAGCGAAAACAGUGACGGCUUCGUUGUGACGGACAAGCCAAACAAAGAUUCAUUUGGGACUUCCCCACUUGCAGCGAACAAGCUCACCAAAGUGCGAGAGUGGCUUCAGCCAACCGCGUACGACAUCUCGGGCGGUGAAUACAGAAAGCAUGCAUCCUCAUACCUUUCAGGGACCGGGGACUGGCUUACUGCUUUGCCCGAGUACCAGCAGUGGCUGACGAAUCGAGACCAUGGCCUUCUCUGGGUCAAAGGGAUACCUGGGUCGGGCAAAUCGGUCAUGGCCGCCAAACUUAUCGCUGAAUUGACCACGUCGGAACCCAAAUGCCCAGUCUUGUACUUUUUCUUUCGGCAAAUCAUCGAUGCCAACCAUGAGCCUGCGGCACUGCUGCGCGACUGGAUGGAUCAGCUCCUGGAGCACAGUCCAGUUUUGCAGCAGCAGCUGUACUCCUACGUCAAGGAUGGUCGGUCUUUGGAGAGUGUAUCGCCAGAUGACAUGUGGAAAGAUUUAAAAAUGGCUUUUGCAUGCUUGACCGGAAAAGUGUUUUGCAUUACCGACGCUCUUGAUGAAAUGGACCAUGGCAAUGAUUCGUUCCUCCAAGCACUCGCAAACCUCGGACUUUGGCGGCCUGACAGGGUCAAGGUCCUCAUGACGAGCCGGCCUGUUCCAUCCGUCGAGACUCCCUUGCAUUCGAUAUCAUGUCUCAAAAUUCGUCUCCAGGAAGACGAGGUCGAUAACGACAUCUCGCACUUCGUCAAGCACUCCUUGAAAAAAUCACAAAUCGAUGAAAAGUACUGGCCUUCAAUCAUCAGCGCGGUCCCGGGCAGAGCAAACGGUCUCUUCCUAUACGCCCGGCUCACAAUGGAUACCUUUCUUAAACCCGACACCGACAUAGAAACAGCCCUGGCACGCCUCCCCACCGACCUCGGCGUCCUCUACACGAAUCUUCUUGCAGAGCAUUUUGCUCGCUCCGGGGUAGACGAACAGAUCCAGCGGCUGAUCCUGCAGGCAGUCACGCAUGCCACGCGGCCACUCCGACUGCUUGAAAUCGCUGAAAUGCUCAGCGUGGUUGACGAGAGCUCAAGUUUGAAAGCGCGAAAAGACCUCGUCAAAGCAGCCUGUGGCCCACUUCUGGAGAUACUCGCUGAUGAAACAGUCUCUGUGAUACACCACUCUUUUACCGAGUACCUGAAAGGUGUUACAAGGCCGAAGGGUGGCCCUGGCUAUCCUGUCGUGGAUUCCGGAGAUGCCCACGAGCAGCUGGCAUCAGCCUGCCUCCGCUACCUCCAGAGUGGAAGCUUGGACAACUUUCCUGCCAGUCUUCUCGAACAGGCACAUCGCUCUACUACUGAUGCCAAGGUGACAUUGUGGCAGAAAUACCCGUUCAUCAAGUAUGCGACUGGCAAUUGGUUUAAGCAUGUUGUCGCAGCGUGCUCCGCUUCGUCCGACGACUCAGAGCUGUGUACCAAAGUUUCCCAGUUUCUUGGAAAUGAUUUCUUAAGACGGGUUUGGUGCCGCCUAGAGUGGAAGAGCAACGCGUGGGAUGUCUCGCAAGCCCACGUCGCCGCGAGAUUGGGUCUCACAGGAUACAUUGGAGAACUCAUCCGCCGCGGUGAGGAUGUAGACUCCCUCGAUGGCCACGGACGAACUCCUGUUUGGUGGGCUGCUAGUGAAGGCCAUGCCGACACGGUCAAGAAAUUAAUCGCCGCAGACGCCAAGCUAUAUCUGACUGAUACUGUUGACGGCUUCACCCCGCUGCAUAAAGCCGCUCAAAAGAAUCACUUCUUGGUAGCCCGCCUAUUGCUACAAGCCGACGUGAGUCCUUUGAUCCGAAAGGGUCUAGGUUCUACGUCAAAUCACACUGCUCAUGUUAUACCUGACCACGGCGAGAGUCCUCUUCGAUGCGCCUGCGAAAGAGGCCACUUUGAAGUAUUCGAUGAAAUGCUGAAACAUGUUGCGAAUAUCGAAAAAGUGCACUGGGCACUGGCAUGGGCUGCAUGUAGCGGGCAGUCUCGGCUGGUAGCCCGCAUACUGGAGUAUCCUGGUGUAAAUGUCAAUACCAAGGUCCACGGAAAUACUUUUCUCUAUUCAGCCUGUGGUAGCCUCGAUUUCGAGACCAUCAAUUUACUACUACAAGCCGGGGCGGAUGUGCAUGCGCUCAGCAUCGGCGACCGACACCCGCUGGCGGUUGAUAUCGAUUACACCCCGAAGCCGACCAGUUCUGCAACCCACAGCUGCUUGCGUGGCAUGUUCAACAAUUCCAAUUUGGAGUGCAUAAACAGGGACACAAUCAUGAUGGAAAACGCCAAAAAGUUGCUGAGCUCUCUAUUUGCUGCUGGAUUGGAUGUGAAUCAUCAUGACAGCAUGGGACAGACCAUUUUGCACCGAGCAACCAACUCGGCUGAGCUGGUUCGCGCGUUGGUCGUGGCAGGCGCCGAUGCCACGGCUGUUGAUCGCAAGAAAAACACACCCCUUCACUCUGUCAGCAAGCCCGAGGCCAUUUCGAUCCUCGUAGAAGAUGGGGGCGCUGAUGUUAACGCGAAGAAUAAGGAAGGCAAAACUCCGCUCCAUUGCGCAGUACGCGGCUCGCCAAAUGUCAUCUCAACGCUGCUUGAAUAUGGUAGUGAUUGUGAUAUCGCAGACCAUGAUGGAAAUAGUGCACUGCAUUUGUUGCUCGACCGAUCAUCUUACAAUGCCGGUCCAGAACACGUCCGUCUUCUGCUGCGAGCUGGGGCAGAUCCCAACGUGAAGAACCACCGCGGGCUCACGCCGUUUCGAAGCAUAAGCAGUCUACAGAGUGGUCAGGAAUCUGCCGACUGCCUUAUUCAAGCUGGCGCGGACAUUGAUGCAAAGGACAAUGAAGGAAGGACUGCACUGUUCGACGCUGUAGGCAAGCCCUCCCUUAUCAGUCAGGAACGUGUAUGGACUCUCGAGUACCUGAUAGAUGCCGGCGCCUCGAAACAAAUUCAAGACUUUCAGGGGCGCAAAAUUGCACACGAGGCAAUCAAAGGCGUGACGUCUCAGCACGACAUUGGCCUGAUUGUGCAGUGGCUGGAUGUUUUGGAUAGUCUGGAGCUACUCGACCUGGAGGCUGUUGAUAACGCAGGCAAUGGUCUCUUGCAUGAACUUUGUUUCUACGUCGACAAUCGCCGCCAUAAGCGUGACGUCGGCAUGCACCUGAUUAGAUUACUGACUGGUGCUGGGCUGGAUAUGUCGCGGAAAAAUCAUGCUGGACAAACGCCACUCCAUCUCUUGUGCGCAAAGUCUUGCGAUUCUGGAGGCUCGUCGUUCGUUUUCAAUCAGCCUCCGGCAUACGUGAUCCGCAACGGCAAGAAAGUUGACGAGAUUGACGCUAACGGAAAUACUGCACUUCAUGUUGCAUCUGCGUAUGAGCCAUCUUGGUGCAAAUUGCUGCUUGAUGCUGGAGCGGAUCCGACCAGGCGCAAUCACGACGGCCUGACGCCACUUCAUCUUGCUGCUCGCUGCAAGCAGAGCAAUACGGUUGGGAUGCUCCUGACGGCAAUACAUGAUCGCCUGGGCGACACAGUUUCUGAAGAGCUUGCUGUGAUAAACGCGCAAGUCGUGACCAGCAGCUACAAUGUAUACGAGCCGUUUGGCAUUACUGCCCUAUUCUAUGCUUGCCAGUCUGGGCGGCCUGAGAGCGUCAAGCUUUUGCUAGACGCUGGCGCAGACCCAAACAUCGGCAGUCCGUUUGUGGCAUGCGCGCAGAUGGAACACGAAACCCGAUUGUGGACAGCCAAAGAAGCUGCGCCAGGUACUGCUGUAGCCGCGCUCCGGACAUUCGACACAACACGACCUCCAAUACCGACGUUAGCGCAUCGAUCGGAAAUGUUUCAUUCGUUUGCGACAACAAGGCUAGAAGAGAUCCUAGACUUGCUAGUUUCGGCAGGCAUCAAUUUGUCGCUACUGGAUGGUGAUGGGACGGGUCAGCCGAAUCCCUUUUCGAAAGCAUCCAGCCUUGGUAGCAGUUAUGCGUACAAGUGUUUGAAAACCAUCAAGGACAAGUAUGCAGACACAGCAUAUCCAGACACGGCACACAUUGCGGCCCACGAUCCUGCUCAAGGUUUGCGCUUACUCGACGAGCAGUUGGUGACGUGUGGCGAUGCUGCAUCCGUCGGCAUGAUACAGGAAAGUGGCUGGCUGAAGACAGAGGGUGUGGAUAUGGAGAUAUUCCGCGCCGUCAUUAUUCGUCGCCAAUAUCAUUUGAUAGAGCAUAUGAUACAAGCAGGCUGUCGUUUCCUCGUGCAAGGCAUACAGAACCUGGAAUAUCUUAUUAUCCAUGGCCUUGCGUCUCUGUUUGAUGAAAUUUCACAGGCCGAAACGCAAGCACUAUUAAGCGAGGGCGAGUGGCAUGCGUUUGGAGACCCUUCAAAGGCCGGUCUUCACUUUCAGCCUAAGUCGCAAGGAGGGCCAGAGGAUGGUCAGGUCGGAGGUGGUAUGUCCAAACAAGAAAAUCGAAAUCUGCUGUUGGAGCACGCUACUAGGCGAUCGCUGCCUAACAUGGAGAUUGUUGAGCUUCUCGUGGGCAAGUAUGCAGUAAACAUCAAUGGUGGGAACAGAGACAAAGAUACAGCGUUGCACAUCAUUGCACGGGGUCAACACUGGUGGCAGGGUGCACUGGCCUUGCCAUUUCUUCUGAAAUCCGGGGCAGAUGUCGAAUAUCGAAACUCUGAUGGCCAGACACCGCUCCAUUUGGCAUUGGACAAAGAGUACUUGCAGCUUGGCGAGCUUGGUCCAUUUCACAGAGAUGUCGCAGAGGCAUUGAUUGGCGCAGGCGCAGAUGUCAAUGCCAUUGACGCGAAAGGACGGAGCUGCCUCGACUUGGCAGGGUACAGCACGAAGCUGAUUGAUUUACUAGUCAGCAACGGCGCAGUGAUUGGCUCUAGCUCGAUCUUUGCAGCGCUCAAGUCGGACAAUGGGGCAGCACUUGAAAAGCUGCUGCAAGGAGGUGCAGACGCCAACGGCCGCAUGCCGUUUAUAGAAGAAAAUCUCAGGGACAAGGAGCCUUCGGAUGACUGCUACAUGGACGGUAGCCGGAUGACGUUUGACGCGGCACUGGUUCCUCGCCAUGAGAUAGUACCGCUUUACUAUAUCGCCUCCAAAUCGGCCUUCCCGGAGGAUGCGGAUAUGAGAAGCUGUUUCAGGAAACUUUUGAACCAUGGCGCGGACAUCUACGCAACUUUCAAGGUGCAGCGAGGAGGACGCCAGUGCAGACCGGCUUAUGGCGAGGAGUACAACAAGGCGAUUGGGGUUGCUGAAGCGGGUGAGGAUGCAACCGAGCAGCGCACAGUUCUGCACGAACUUGUCCGUUUAGGGAAACUGAGCAAAUGCGUGGCCGACGCCGUAGCCAUCAACCCCGACUGCCGGGAUCCCAAAGGAUGCACUCUCCUGCAUGCCGUUUGUGAUAGCUGGGGUGGUCCGGAUCGCGUGAUUGAUACAACUUCAGACAAAGACGACAGCGACGACGGCGUUGCGGACACGGACAAGAAGAAGGAGGACGGCAUUACGGCAUUCCAGCAGCUGCUGGCUCUUGGGUGCGACAUCCAGGCGCGCGACGCCAGCGGACAAAGCAUUGUGCACCACAUGGUUUAUCGCGGCUGGAAGCAUCCGCAAAAGCUGUGGCGACUAGAAAAUUCCGUGGCCGAGAUUGCACGGAUCUCACCCGAACUCCUCAGCGCGCCCAAUGCCUCGGGCAACACGCCGCUGCACUACAGCGCCUUGUUGGCUACGUCUACUCGUCGAUCGGGCAAGCCGGACCACAAGGACCGGAUGGUCGACCUCACGCGGCUUCUACUGCGCAGCGGCGCCAACCCGACCGGCAUCAACGACGACGGCAAUAGCAUUCUGCACCUAAUGGCGCACAACCUAGACCACGGCGACGUGGCGGCGCUCUUUGCGGAGCUAGUAGCACGCGACAACGGGUUGGACGUGAAUGCGCGCAACGCCCGCGGCGAGACGCCGCUCAUGAUCUAUGCCAACCGCACCAGCGUGCUGCUCCGGCUCAAGGGCGAAGGCGGACGCUGCGGGCUGGUCCUGGUGCACGAGGAGGCGGCGGUGGACGCGGGCGUGGCGAUGCUCAAGGCGGCGGGCGCGGAUUUCGGCGUGCUGGACGCGCAGGGCAACGGGCUGCUGCACCGGGCGGCCGCGGACGAGGUGCAGCUCUUCAGAGCGCUGAUGGUCAGGGGCGGGCUGGAUCCGAUGAGGGAGAAUGAGGCGCAUCAGACGGCGAUUGAUGUGGCGGCGACGUAUAGUAAUAACGAGAUACUGGCACUGUUUGAGAACAAGGUGUAG